UUGGGGGGUCUCUUGGAGACCGGGUUCUUUCUGGCCAAGGCCAAGUUUCACCAGUCAUCAGGCCCCUCCAUGAAUGGGACAAACCAAACCAUUGUGGGGCCCUCGGAGCUCCCCACGGCAUCAGCCAUAGCCCCUGGACCAGGCACUGGGGCCCGGGCAUGGCCAGUGCUGGUAGGGGUUGUGCUGGGGGCUGUGGUCCUCUCUCUCCUCAUCGCACUUGCUGCCAAAUGCCACCUCUGCCGCCGAUACUAUGCCAGCUAUAGGCACCGCCCACUGCCUGAGACAGGGAGGGGGAACCACCCAGAGUUGGUUGAAGAUGAGGAUGAUGAUGGCUUCAUCGAGGACAAUUACAUUCAGCCUGGAGCUGGUGAGCUGGGGACAGAGGAUAGCAGGGACCACUUCUCCCUCUGA